AUUGUUGGUAUGUAAAAGAGAUCAUAACUUUAAAGAAUCGUUUUUUUCCAUAGAAUAUAUACGUGGGGAAUACCCAGUUUAGACCAUAUAUAACCGUUAGACAAUUAGUAUUUAUAACAAUCUAAAACUCAAUAUCGAAGAUUAUUUCAGUUGACAUUUGUGACUAAAAGACGAAAAAAUAUAACGAAAUGAGCUGCGGAGUUCUUGUGUUGGUGACAAUUCUAACAAUUACAUUUUUUAUCCAGUUAACUUUGAGCACAUGUGAAAGCCCUGUAUGUCACGACUUAAUAAAUCCGAGGAAUGCAUAUAUAUUCAACACGGUGAUAUGUGCUAGUGGAAUUGUAGCACUUGUUUCCUAUUUCAUUCUAUGGAAGGUAAACGAAAAUAAUGAAGAGACCGUUCAUAUACGAGAACACACGGGUAAAACGGACAGCCUAGUUAAAGUGUUCAUGUGGAUAUUUACUUUUUUCACAACUUUAUUUUCGAUGAUAUCGAUUUUGAAUGGAAGAGCCAAAAAAGAAAAAUUCAAUGACUUAAAAUCUAAUGGAAACAUAACAAUCAAUUGCACAUACAACUCAAACUACGAUGAAGCAGUUUUUGACUAUAGAAUCGUACAAAUCAUUUUCUGUUUACUUCAAAGUAUGUUUUUGCAACUCACGUUUAAUAUCCGUUUUUAUCGCUGCGUAUUGGUAAAACUUGUCACAUUCUUGAUAUUCUGGGCUAAUGCUAGCCAUUUCGUGUUGAUACUAGUCAAUGCUUACGUGUCAUCGGAAUAUGAUUCAAACAACAGCUUUGAGAAAUGUAUGAAACCUUAUAUUGGCAAAAUACAUUGGGAAAUUAAAGACACGUAUAAAUUAUUCGCUCGAUUUUGUAAGCCUAUGGAGGGGGAAUACUCUGUACUCUGUAUGUUACAAAUAUUUGAGGUUUCGUCUAGGGGAGUGCGUUAUAUCACUACAUCCACAAGAGAAAAUACUGGAGCACACAUAACACAUGCAGAAUCGAAACAAGCAAAUGACGAACAGAAGCCUCUAUUGUCAAAACAAUGCACAGACAAUAAUGAAGAUUACGGAGUAAAAUCAUCACGGAGACUCUUAUCACCUAUAAAGACUAAUAAUACACACGAAGAUGAACAUAUCAGCAUACAUAUUUCAGAUGACAAUCUGCCUAAAUCUACUGCAGAACAACAGCAUUUCAACGAAGGCAAACACGAAUCUCUUGACCGGAAAGAAACAAUGCAAAAAAUGUCGUUCUACCGAUUUACACAUAUAACUGGCGUAGCUGUAAUUUUCUUGUUUAUUCCGGAUUGUGGCCUUUCAAUAUAUGCACUUGCUAAUGGUAGUAUAAAGAAUACGUGUUUCAAUUUAACAACAUGCAGAGGUCUCACAAAUGAGGAAACAAUAUUUUUUGUGUAUCAUAUAAUCCUCCAUAUUGUGAUGAUCUUUCUUUUCAUGUUCUGUUUUUACAUGCUUCAUGGACCAAAGACGUAUUUUGAAAGACUGGAAGUUUGGGAAAUUCCAUUUUUGAACUCAAGUCAUUUUGUUAUAUCUUUGAGUUUUCUUGCAUCUUUGACAUUUUAUUGUGUUAUUCUAACAGCAUACUCUUUAUUUACACAAAUGACGACGAUUACACUUUUAAUAGUAAAAAAUGUAUUGGUCGUUGUUCAGAUAUCAAUACAAAUAUUUUUGAUUUUAAAAGUAAACGAAUUUAAAAAAUCGACACUUUCGACAUCCUUCCCACAAGUUUCAAUGACUCAUAUAUUCUGGGUCAUUUCUCUUAUGAAUCUGGGUUUUUGGUUUACAAGUAAUUUUACGGGAAUGUCAAACUUUACAAAACUGGUUCUACAUGAAAUUUUAGGACAUAAAACUGAACAUGCUUUGUCUCAUAUUAUUAUAUCAUUUGUAUGUUUCUUUUAUUUCAAAUCGUGUGCUAAAUUUUAUGAACUUUUUCGUGAUCAAUAUAAUUUCUAACUUAACAAAGUGCAAUUGAUGUAUGCCUUUUGAAAUAUGAUAUUGCUUGAAAGUUUUGCAUCAUGUGUGUUUAUACUAAAAUAUUGUUAGAUAAAUAACCGUAUACCUGUAAGUUGAUUUUCAGUAAGCAGAUGUAUUCUUUUGAUUUUGUAAAUCUAUGUCAUGUUACACAAGUUAAAGUUUCAUCUAGAAUUAGGAACAACUCAAAAGAAAGCUAAACUGCACUUUAAAUUAAUAAUUUUAGAUUUUAAAACCUUACAAUUUUAUUUCAUUCCAAUUUAAGCUUAGGAUAAGCACUGUCAACUGUAUUAUUAAGUUAGUUAUUUUUAUUUUUUUAAUUUUGAUUUAAAAUUAAAUUAAACGGAUUGUACUACUACUAUAAAUGUAUACAUCACUUAUAUGUCAAACCAAUAAACACAGAAAUAUUUAUAUCAAUGUAUAUAAAAUUAUUAAUCACAUGCAUUUAAUAUUUACCAGAUAUUCAUCAUUAAUUAUCCUAAAAAUGUAUAACUAAUUUUCUAAAAAUUGCCAAAUAAAAUUAUUUAUUAAUUUAACAUUAGCUAGUUUCUGUGGAUGUAAAAGAAACAAGUGACUGUCAAAAGAAAAUCUUUUUAGAUAGCGAACAUAUUUG